ACAAAAUUCAAGGGAUGUUUCAGAAGAAAAAAGGGUCUCCAAAGGCGUCUCCGAGAGUUGAGCCAAGUCAUUACACCGUGGCUACUGCAGCGGCCGUGGAGCCGCACGGUUGUUGUCGAGACUCGGUUAAUGUUGUAUCGAUGAGCCAGCCUACCAACAAGUUGGAACAGCAGGUGGCAGAAUUGGAAAAGAAAUGUGCAAAGGAAAGAGAACUCCGAAUGAUGUACAGAAAGAAAUUAGAAAGAACACAAGAUUAUUUGAGGUAUUGUCUCCAAGUAGCCCAAGAAAAUGGGUUUUUGGACCUUAUACACCACAACAAAGAUCCUGCAGGCCUCGUUAACAAUGCCAAUGGUCAUGCCAGUCCUCUGUUGCCAACUUCUCCUCUGCACCAGCACCAACACCAACACCAACAACCGUCGGAUCUAGAUGCUCUGAUUGAUCAAGCCAAGCUAAAUGGAUGGUACAUAAAUCCAGAUAAGAUUGAAUUUGAUGAGAAGAUAGGGCAGGGGAGCACAGCACAGAUAUACAAAUUAACAUGGCAUGGACUCGAUGUCGCGGUGAAAUGCAUAGAACCUGACUUCUUUGAAUCAAACGAGAAUGGCGUCUCAUUUUUUGCUCAAGAGCUCGAUACAUUAUCCAGGCAGCGCCAUCCGUACGUGCUUCAUCUAAUGGGGGCGUGCCUUGAUCCUCCUAACUAUGCUUGGGUGGUGACCGAGUUCUUGGGCUCGACACUGAAAGAGUGGCUGCAUGGCCCCGGAAAUAGGCAAAAAGAGAGGAUGAUUGAGCUUCCUCCAUUUGCGGUGAGGCUGGCCAAGGCACUCGAGAUUGCCCUAGCCAUGCAGUAUCUACAUGAACAAAAGCCGAAGGUUCUUCAUCGUGACCUAAAGCCUAGCAACAUAUUUUUGGAUGAUGCUGGUCACAUUAGAGUUGCCGAUUUCGGUCACGCUCGGUUCUUGUGUGAUGAGGAGAUGGCACUAACAGGAGAAACAGGAACAUAUGUGUAUAUGGCCCCAGAGGUGAUCCAGUGCGAGCCUUACAAUGAGAAAUGUGACGUUUACAGCUUCGGGAUUAUACUGAAUGAGAUUAUUACCGGAAAUUAUCCAUACAUUGAGACAGAUUAUGGUCCUACUAUGAUAGCAAUGCAAGUUGUUGAGGGGAAUCUGAGGCCAAGACUUCCCGAUGACGGUGAUGGCCAACUUGGGGAGCUAAUUGAGCUGAUUAGCCUUUCAUGGGAUGGAGAUGCUUCUAUCAGACCAUCCUUUGAGACCAUCACAUGUACUCUGAAGAAGCUUCAAAAUAGAAUAGUUUACAAUGAUUAGUAUGAUGAUAAUCUUAGUUUUGUACUACAUUAAGGUAAUUAAAAUAUGGGUGGACUAGUCUAAUUGCUUUGAGAUGUGCC